AUGAAGAGGGGGAACCAGAGCAGCUUAUCUGAGUUCCUCCUCCUGGGUCUCCCCAUCUGGCCAGAGCAGCAGGCCGUAUUCUUUGCCCUGUUCCUGGGCAUGUACCUGACCACGGUGCUGGGGAACCUGCUCAUCAUCCUGCUCAUCUGGCUGGACUCUCACCUCCACACCCCCAUGUACUUCUUCCUCAGCCACUUGGCUCUCACUGACAUCUCCCUUUCAUCUGUCACUGUCCCUAAGAUGUUAAUGAGCAUGAACACUCAAGAUCAAUCCAUUCCUUAUGCAGAAUGUAUAACUCAGAUGUAUUUUUUCAUAUUUUUCACUGAUCUGGACAGUUUUCUUCUCACUUCAAUGGCAUAUGAUCGGUAUGUGGCCAUCUGUCACCCCCUCCACUACACCACUAUCAUGAAAGAUGGACUGUGUACCUUACUAGUAGCUGUGUGCUGGAUCCUCUCCUGUACCAAUGCCCUGACUCACACUCUCCUCCUGGCCCAGCUGUCCUUUUGUGCUGACAACACCAUCCCCCAUUUCUUCUGUGACCUUGCUGCCCUACUCAAGCUGUCAUGCUCAGACAUCUCCCUCAAUGAGCUGCUCAUUUUCACAGUGGGACAGGCAGUCAUUACUCUACCACUAAUAUGCAUCUUGAUCUCUUACGGCCACAUUGGGGUCACCAUCCUAAAGGCUCCGUCUACCAAGGGGAUCUUCAAAGCCUUGUCUACCUGCAGCUCCCACCUCUCUGUGGUGUCUCUGUAUUAUGGCACAAUUAUUGGACUGUAUUUUGUCCCCUCGUCCAGCGCCUCCAGCGAUAAGGACAUAAUUGCCUCUGUGAUGUACACGGUGGUCACCCCAUUGCUGAAUCCCUUCAUUUAUAGCCUAAGGAACAGGGACAUAAAGGGAGCCCUGGAGAGGCUCUUCAACAGGGCAAUAGUCUUAUCUCAGUGA